AUGGCCCUGAUGAGGAAGAUGUUUUAUUUUGUAUUUGCCGUGUUCUUCAUUUUGGCUCAACGGCCAUCUGGGAGCCAAGCAGGACUUGAUUUUUCCCAGCCUUUCAUCAGUGGUGAGUUUGCUGUCUGUGAGUCGUGCAAGCUCGGUUGGGGAAAAUGCGGGAAAGGGUGCUUGGAGUCUGAGAAGGCCGUCGGAAGCUGCGGGCUGAACUCUCUCUGCUGCCCACAGAGGAUCUGGCAAAGCGGUCCAGCACCCUUCUGGCCUUAGAAGUGUAUUCAAGGAAGACAUUCAAGAGAAAU